UAGCUUUGAUCUCUGAGGCUGCCGGCAAACUCUAGCUCCUGCCUUUUCCACUCGAGUAGCAGGACGCUAAAUGCUGGUGUCUGACCGCGUUCCCUAGCUGCCUUUCCCUCACCCCAAGGGAAAGCUGUUGUCAGAUUUCCCUCCCGCAGUACUGUGUUCUGCCGCCCUUGCUUGUCUGAACGGUGCCGUGACGCCGUCUCGUUUCCAUCCAAGUCAGUGGAUCUGCUCGCGUGUGCAAAGGCUGCAAGGCCAUUCUCCAGUUACACAACUGCCCCCCUCCCCUCCUUAAAAUAUAAUUUAAUCUCAUGCCUUGAAGCCUUUCUGGCUAUGUUCUAGCUACGUUCCAGCCUGCUCCUCCAGGCACAGGGGAGUUGCAGAGAUUAUCCGUGCUUUAAGAUAGUAAGACCCAAGCACGCAGGCAUCCAGUUUUCCUUGAUGGCUUUGCUGUUUCUGGAGAGCAGCGACAGAGGUGCUGUUGGGAACAAGAGCUGGGGCUGCUUUGUAGUGUCUGGUUGUGGCCGUCGUAACUCUCAGUUCCUUCGUUUCUCCUGUGUUUGAGCGUUCUUGCCCCAGGCCUCGCUGAGCAGAAAGCCAGCCCGCACGUCUGGCUGGCAUACGUGGGGGUUUUGUGCUCACUAAUUGAAUGUAGAGUUGGCACGCAGGAAAUGCAAAAUAUAAAAAUAAAUGCUGUCAGCCCACACCCCCGUUGCUUCCCCGUUAACGCUUUCUCAGUGUUUGCAGGUUCAUGCAGGUGAAGUUUGGUUGUGCCCGGACCCAGAAAUACAGCAAGAGGAGAACGCAGCAGCCCAGCUUGUGUCCGGCUUAUUUCGUGCUGCAGUAUCAGGACGUAGACCUGCUUGUGAUCAGCGAACUGAACAGUAACCACGUCCAUGCAGACCCAAUGUUUUCCCUGACCAGAGCCACCGGGCAGGCGGGGGGGAGCGACAGCGCUGCUGUGGCGGGUGAGGACUCGCACACGGUCACGGAACAACCGGUGGGGAGGGCGCCUGCUCUGUGCAGGGCUCCCCCACUCCCUGAGGCACUGACAGAAAAUGCCUCAGCACUCAUCAGGGUUGCUGAGGUGGUGAAAACCUUCCCAAGGGUGGACAGGGGCUCGCUGGCCUCCAUUAGCACAGUUGGCGACCGCGGCCUGGACAGGCUCAGCUCCCAGACCGUCAGGUUGAAGAGCUCGUUUAUGCAGUUCUCCGAGAGCCUCCUGCUGCACAGGGCCCCGAGCGCGGGGGGAGGCGUUCUCUAUGCUUUCCUUGUGGAGGGUAAGGAGCAAGCGGGGAGAGUGGUGCACUUGUCGCUGCUGAAGGACGACACGGGACACAGCGUCAGGAGAAUAUUGAGCGCCUUCAAGGAGUUCAACCCGGAGUGGCAGAAGGUCCAGGCUGUUUUCGUGGACAUGUCCUUCUCGCACAAAGCCAUCCUCCAGGCUCCCCCACUCCCUGAGGCACUGACAGAAAAUGCCUCAGCACUCAUCAGGGUUGCUGAGGUGGUGAAAACCUUCCCAAGGGUGGACAGGGGCUCGCUGGCCUCCAUUAGCACAGAUGGCGACCGCGGCCUGGACAGGCUCAGCUCCCAGACCGUCAGGUUGAAGAGCUCGUUUAUGCAGUUCUCCGAGAGCCUCCUGCUGCACAGGGCCCCGAGCGCGGGGGGAGGCGUUCUCUAUGCUUUCCUUGUGGAGGGUAAGGAGCAAGCGGGGAGAGUGGUGCACUUGUCGCUGCUGAAGGACGACACGGGACACAGCGUCAGGAGAAUACUGAGCGCCUUCAAGGAGUUCAACCCGGAGUGGCAGAAGGGCCAGGCUGUUUUUACUGUCCAGCUGCUUGGGAAUGCCGUGAAGAAAGCGGAAAUCUCCUCUUCCUUCAAGCAGAACUUGGUGCUGGCCUUGCAGAAGGCCGUGUUUUCCCCUUCGGCUGCAAGUCUGGAUGCCCUGUCCCAGCUGGCAAAGCACAUGGUCAGCCCGGAGCUGUAUGACUACCUGCGAGCCAACUGGUUGUCCUGCGAGCCGUUGUGGUGUUUGCACAUGGAGAAGGACCCGCACUCCUGCAGCACGCACAUGGACAGCCUGGACCUCAUCACGCACCAAAUACCUGGCCUCUUUGGCCAGCAGCUGUCCCUGGAGGCGAGCGUUCUUUGUUUUCUGGAGCAUGUGGACUGCCUUGAUUCCAGAGGCUUGGAAAGCCUGAACCGGGGUUCCUGGGGCACCGAGGAGGACGGUCAGAGCAGCCUCCAGGAGAAGCCUGAUGCGCCUGCUGGUGCUGCAGCAGAACCAGGCCCCGUUCCAGAGGUGCUCAGCAGGCAGCGGCAGAAGGGAUGCGAUGCCCGUCAGGCUGGGCGAGACAGCGCUGAUGGCCUCCUGGAGGUCCUGAAGAGCUCCUGGAACGAGUCUUUGGACAAUUCCCUGGUGGUGUCCUUCCUCAUGGCAGAGAUCAGCCGGCUUCUCCCCCACUGCGGCAGGGAGGAGUUUGAGCGCAGGUACAGGACCCUCCGGGAGCUGGCUGACAGCAGGAUCGGGCCCUGUGUUGAGGUGAAGCUCUAG